AUGAAAUCAUUGCAAUUUAUCAAAGCAAAUUUUCAAGUUAUCGAUAUUCAUGAACAUAAAUUUAAUCCGAUCAAUGAAAUUAUUAAUGGUUUAAAUAAACCUGAAAAUGUCCAAAAAACAAUACCCACAUUUCUAUUGUACGAUAAUAAAGGAUUACAAUCACCAAAUAAGACCAAAUUGAUUCUUGAUUCAUUGGAAAAAAAGAAAAAAAAUAUAACCUAUUAUGCUCUUGGUCUUGUGGAAUAUCAACUCGGAAAGUUUUUAGAUUCACUUGGAAAAUAUGAAAACAUUAAACUUAUGGGUCUUUCGGGAACUUAUGAAGAUGGGAUCAAUUUUGUUAGUUCUUUAGGUGAAUUGUCUAAAACAAUUUUAUGGUUAGGCUCUUCUAUAGGAAACUUUAGUAGAGAAGAUGGAGCAAAUUUUAUUCAAAGAUUUCAAAAUCGAUCGAUGAAUCCGGGUGAUUUAUUUUUAAUUGGUAUUGACAGAAAAAAUGAUCCUGAUAAAAUCGAACUUGCUUAUAAUGAUCCUAAAGGUGAUACCAAAGAAUUCAUUCUUAAUGGCUUAAACCAUGUUAAUGCUGUUCUUGGACAAGAAAAUUUUAUUGAUCUUGAUGAUUUUGAAUAUCAUUCAUUAUAUAAUGAGAGCGAAGGUAGACACGAAGCUUAUUAUAAAUCUAAGAAAGAUAUAACGCUGAAAUAUACUCCAAAUGAAGGGGCGGAAGAAAAAGGAAUAAACUUGAAAAAAGAUGAAUUGAUUCAUAUCGAAUAUUCUUAUAAAUAUGAUAAAAACAAUCUUAUCCAACUUUUUCAUAACGCGAAACUUUCUCAUGUUGAAAGUUGGUCAGAUUUUCAAUCUCAGUAUGAUCUUCAUCUACUGAGUAAACCGCCAUUUUAUUUUAGUCGUGGUGGAGGUGACUCAUCACAAGAAUCUAUUCCGACGCUAGAUGAAUGGGAAGAAUUAUGGAGGUCAUGGGACACAGUAACAAUGACUAUGAUCUCACCAAAAAGACUGCUCGAAAAACCUAUUCAUCUUAGGCAUCCAUUUAUAUUUUAUUUGGGACAUAUUCCGGGAUUUCUGGACAUUCACCUUUCCAGAUAUCAUAAAGAAAAACAUACCGAGCCAGAAUAUUUUGCAGAUAUUUUUGAAAGAGGCAUUGAUCCUGACAUUGACGACCCAAGUAAAUGUCAUUCACAUUCAAUAACACCAGAUAAGUGGCCAGAAUUGGAUAAAAUUAUGGAAUAUUGCGAUGCGGUUUAUUUAACCAAUACCUAUGAAUUUAAGAAGAAGUAUGUGUCAAAUAAUAACAUAAGAAGCGAAACGCUACAAGAUAAAGAAAAAGCUAAAGAAUUGGAACAAUCAGCGCAACAAAUUACUAAAUUAAAAAAUGACGUUAAUAAAGAUUUUAACAAUAACAACAACAAUAAAAGUGAUAAUAAAAUUAAAGAAUUACUUGAAAAUAAUAAAAAAUGGUCAGCAGAUAAAAAUAAAAAUGAUAAAGGAUUAUUUGAUAAACUUAAAGAACAAGAUCCAAAAAUUCUUUGGAUUGGAUGUGCCGAUUCUCGUGUUUCACCUGAACUUAUCACUCAGUCAGGAUUUGGAAAAUUAUUUGUGCAUCGUAAUAUAGCAAAUCAAUUCAAAUCCGAUGACACCAAUUGCAUGUCAGUGUUAGAAUAUUCUGUCAAAGUUUUGGAAGUUUGUCACAUUGUUGUUUGUGGCCAUAGAGGUUGUGCUGGAGUAAGAAAUUGUUAUAAUAAAGAUCUUGAACCUAAUCUAAUAAAAUGGUUGAAAGGAAUCCAUGAAUUGGGAUCAGUAAAUCCCGAAUUCUCUCAAUCUAAUCCGCAUUUUGGAACUGAUGAAGUUCAAUAUAAAUUGGUCAAAGCUAAUGUCGUGAGACAAGUGGAGAAAAUUAAUGAAAACCAUCUUGUUAAAUUUGCUAAACAUAAAAUACAAGUUCAUGGAUUGGUUUUUGAUAUAAAAAAUGGCUUAUUAGAAGAUUUGACUAAAUAUGAAAAUAAACAAGAAUAA